AUGGACGCCCCUCCGAACAGCGACGGCGACAGGCGGCCGUCGGUGGUACCAACACAAGAGCGUGGGGAGACUUGGUUGGACUUUCUACGCUCGGACGGGGGCGAAAGUCGAGCUGCUUCAGACGGGCGCCCGACGACGGCAGGAACGACGGGGACAACGGGGACUACGGGGACGACGGGGACGACGGGGACGACGGGAACGACAGGAACGGCAGACAGGAAGCGACGCCUCACCGGUUCCGACACGGCCAGGGAAGCGGCCAGCGACGUCUUCAUCCCCCCGUGGCAGCCCGACGCCGACGUCUCCCACUGCCCCGUCUGCGAGACGCCCUUUAGCUUCUGGUACCGCAAACACCACUGCCGUAAAUGCGGCCGCGUCGUCUGCGCAAACUGCUCGCCUCAUCGCAUCACCAUUCCGCGCCAGUACAUAGUCCAUCCGCCCGAGGAGCUACGCCUCCCCCGUAACCCCACGCUCAUCGACCUGCCCGGCCAUGUUGACGAAGACGCGUCGCCCCAGAGUACCAUAUCCACAAACCCGGCUCUAGGCGGCGGCGAGGAGGUGCGCGUGUGUAAUCCGUGUGUCCCUGACCCCAACUUCAGUCCACCGCCUCGCUCUGACCUCACGAACAACCGACUACCCUUCCCAGACUUCGAGACAACGGGCUUUCCACAUGACCAUGCGCCCCCUCCUUUUGCAACAUUCCAUCCCUCAAGUAGACCGAGGAAUAUGACAUAUGAUGGUGCGCAAGCUUUUGACCGACCGCACUCGCCGAACCACCGCCCGUCGCGAAGUGAUGUUAGCCAGAGGACAACAACUUUGUCGGGCACUGGCUUGUCAAACCCUUUCUCCAGUCGGCUUGUAAGCCUACAGCCCCCUACCAUGUACCCGCAACCGCCCGCCUUUGCUACCAGACCAGGUCAAAGCGCAACUCCGUUUCCUCCGUACGUGCCCCGUCUCGCCUCAGCAUACACAGGAAUGCCGCAUCAUAUGCGUUCUAGCCGAGCCUCUAGUGCCUCGAGCUCGCAACAACCGCUGCGCUACCGCUCACUUCUAGACGUCACAAGUCCCGACUCUGUAUCCGAAUCUUUUGCGCCAAACCAUCCUCAACCACAACCCCAAACCAGGCCACAGACGCGCCGCCAGAUUCCAGAAGAGGACGAAUGCCCAAUAUGUCACGAGGAAUUGCCUCCAAAGGGCCCCGAUGGAAGCACGGUUGCUCGGGAAGCCCAUGUCGAGGAGUGCAUCGCAGCAAAUUUCGCAGGCUCUUCAGGGCCCUCGCGUUCCUCGCCUCCCACUGCCAUCGAUGCUGCAGUUGCUGCAAAUUCAGCUCGGUCAGCAGAUGGAAGUGCGGGAACGACUCUUGCCCCUCCCGGUGAGCGAGUACAGGCUGAAGGAUCGAGGAGGCGCAGAGCCACGCAAGGGAUGCUCAGGUAUCGAGCCACCGAGAAGGAUUGUGUAGACGAAAAGGGCGAGGCGCAGGAGUGCGUCAUCUGCUUUGAAGAGUUUGAAGAAAGGGAUGAAAUGGGAAGGCUCGAGUGCUUCUGCAAGUUCCAUAGGGACUGCAUACGGCAAUGGUGGAACACCAAGGGCGAUGGUUGUUGCCCGACACACCAAGGCAGCUUUGUCUUGGGAUGA